GACAGAAUGAAAGGGUAGAAAGAAAACAAAAAAGAAAAAAGAAGAGCAUCGGAUUCGGUUGUCAAGUGCUGAAUUUCAUGCCACAACUCAACUAAAAGAAUAGAUGAAAAGGAGUAGAAAAGUUUAAAGGAACUGCCUAACAAGUCCAAGCUCUAAGCUCAAAAUACAAGAACAAUAUAUGGAUUAUCUUUUCCCCCUCAAUUUAUGAAGGGCCUUCAAGUCAUGCCACAACCAGAAAAAUCGCUCGGUAACAACCUUCCAAUAAUUCGCAUUCCAGGAGAUGGUAGAUGUUUGUUUAGAUCUGUGGUAUAUGGUGCAUGCCUCAGAACAGGGGAACCAUCUCCAAGUCAUAGCAGACAAAAAGAACUCGCAGAUGAACUCAGAGCCAAAGUUGUGGAUGAAUUCAUCAAGAGGAGGGCAGACACUGAGUGGUUUCUAGAAGGUGACUUUGACACCUAUACAGUACAGAUGCGAAAGCCUCACAUUUGGGGAGGAGAACCUGAACUUCUCAUGUCCUCGCAUGUUUUACAGAUGCCUAUAACAGUGCUUAUGCAGGAUAAGAAUUCGAGUAAGCUUAAAGUUAUAGCAGAAUACGGUCAAGAGUAUGGAAAGGAUAACCCUAUUCGAGUCAUCUAUCAUGGUUAUGGCCACUAUGAUGCAUUAUUGAAGAGUUCCACUAAUUAUAUGAAGUCUUAGCUUUAAUAUGCUCUUCGCAAUAACUGCAAAAGUUUGAUUAUGUGCAUAUGAUUCUGACCCUGUCAUUGAAGUAGUGAAGUGAAAUUCUAAUGUUUGAGCUAGAACUUAAUUCAUGGUGGAAUGACACUGGUGCUUCAAUUA